GCAACACAUAGCUUAUUAGCCCAACAUCACCAGCCCCUGUUUGCUCCCAUCACUCACAAUCGAUCGAUCUUAACAUACCAAUUUUACUACUCCCUUGAUUCGACAUGGCCAGCCUCCUCGCCAUCGGCUGGCAUUUUUUCCAGCGCCAGCUGCGUUCACUGCCCGUACCGACCACGUCGUACGAGGGACGCACCGUCAUAGUCACAGGCGCCAACGGCGGCCUGGGGCUCGAAGCGGCGCGCCACUUUGCGCGUCUGGGCGCUGCCCGCGUCAUUCUUGCCUGCCGGCGCACUGACGCCGGGGAGGCGGCCAAGGCCGACAUUGAAAAGACCAUCAUCGCCAGCACCGACAGCAGGUCCGCAGCAACGGCGAUCGAGGUGUGGCCUCUCGACCUCUGCUCCUUCGACAACGUGCGGGCCUUCUGCCGGCGCGCGGACCGAGAGCUGGCGCGGCUGGACGUGUUGUUGGAGAAUGCGGCUGUGCUGCACACGGAGGGAUUCAAGAUGGCGGAGGGCUACGAGAUGCAGGUGACGACCAACGUCAUCUCGACGUUCCUGAUGGUGCUGAUGCUGCUGCCGUUGAUGCGGCGGACGGCGGCGAGGUGGAAUGUCGAGACGGCUGUCACAGUCGUGGCUAGUGAGGCGCACUUUCUCACUAAGUUCGUGGAGAAAGACCAGCCUCGCAUCUUCGAGUGCUUCCGCCCCGGUGGCGCCGAGUACGAUCGCUACGGCACCACCAAGCUGCUGGACAUUCUAAUCGUGCAGGAGCUGGCGGAGCGACUGGACGCGGCGAGUGCCACCGGCAGUCCUGUCGUGGUGAACACGGCAAACCCCGGGCUAUGCAAGUCCAGCCUAUUCCGGGAUCUGCCCUGGUAUGCGCAACCCCUCUUGGCCGGCGCCAUGCUCCUGCUUGGGCGCACGCUGGAGGAGGGCUCGAGGGCGCUGAUGGCAGCGGUCGCUGGGGGCAGGGAGAGCCACGGCAAGUACGUCGACAGCAGCAAGGUGGACCAUCCCAGCGCCUUUGUCCUGUCCGAGGCGGGCAAGGCGGUGCAGAAAAGGGUGUGGGAUGAGCUGACGGAGAUAUUGGAGGGCAUUGAGCCGGGCGUCACGGCCAGGUUCACGAAGGCCAUCCCAGUCUAGAGGGACCUAGUCGGUGGGCUGAUUGGGUGGCUUCCUCAGCCGGCUGUCAGCACUUAAUCUGGCCAAUGCCCGAUGCACAAAUGCAUCCGAUCCAUCCCACGUGGUAUCGAACGGAAUACGGCCCAACCCGUUCUCCACCAAUCCCCACAACGGGCCGGAAAUCCGGAACCUCGGUAUCCAAGGCGGACAGGCGGGGCCAUCCAUG